AGGGUCACAAGUGUACAGUGUAAGUUUUCUCUUCUUGGCAACUGUACUUGCUUAGAAUGAGCCGAAUGUCAGCUGGAUUUCACAGCAUAAGUGAUUUAUAGUCUGUUUUAUCAAGGCCUUACGUGUAUGCUUUAUACUAAGCAGAUGGGAACCACAUUGAGCACUCUGUUUGACAUGAUUGCUUAAGGAAAGGAACUCCCUGAUGGAUCAUGGCGUUAAUGUUUACAGGACAUUUCUUAUUUUUAACGUUAGUGAUGUUUGCUUUCUCUACUUUUGAGGAAUCUGUAAGCAAUUACUCUGACUGGACAGUUUUUGCAGAUGAGAUAGAUCAGUUUAAGACACAGAAAGUGGAAGAUUUCAGACCCAGCCAAAAACUGAAGAAAAGUGGGCUUCAUCCAAAUCUGUAUUUUGAUGCGGGAGAAAUUCAAUCAAUGAGACAAAAGUCUCGCACAAGCCAUUUGCAUCUUUUUAGAGCGAUCAGAAGUGCAGUGACAAUUAUGCUCUCCAACCCAACGUACUACCUACCUCCCCCCAGGCAUGCUGACUUUGCUGCCAAGUGGAAUGAAAUCUAUGGUAACAAUCUGCCUCCUUUAGCCCUGUACUGCUUGUUAUGCCCAGAAGACAAGGUUGCCUUUGAAUUUGUCUUGGAAUAUAUGGACAGGAUGGUUGGCUACAAAGACUGGCUAGUGGAGAACGCACCAGGGGAUGAGGUUCCAGUUGGCCAUUCCUUAACAGGUUUUGCCACUGCCUUUGACUUUUUAUAUAACUUACUAGAUGAUCAUCGAAGACAAAAAUACCUGGAAAAAAUAUGGGUGAUUACCGAGGAAAUGUACGAGUAUUCCAAGGUCCGCUCAUGGGGCAAACAACUUCUCCAUAACCAUCAAGCUACUAAUAUGAUAGCACUGCUCACUGGGGCCUUGGUGACCGGGGUAGGUAAAGAAUCUAAAGUAAAUUUAUGGAAACAAGUUGUGGUAGACGUGAUGGAAAAGACAAUGUUUCUAUUGAAUCAUAUUGUCGAUGGUUCUUUGGAUGAAGGUGUGGCCUAUGGAAGCUACACAGCUAAAUCAAUCACACAGUAUGUGUUUCUGGCCCAGCGCCAUUUUAACAUCAACAACUUGGAUAAUAACUGGUUAAAAAUGCACUUUUGGUUCUAUUAUGCUACCCUUUUACCAGGUUUCCAAAGAACUGUGGGCAUAGCAGAUUCCAAUUAUAACUGGUUUUAUGGUCCAGAGAGCCAGUUGGUUUUUUUGGAUAAGUUCAUCUUAAAGAACGGAGCUGGAAAUUGGUUAGCCCAGCAAAUUAGAAGGCACCGACCUAAAGAUGGACCGAUGGUCCCCUCCACAGCCCAGAGGUGGAGCACUCUUCACACUGAGUACAUCUGGUACGAUCCCCAACUCGCCCCACAGCCUCCCGCUGAAUAUGGUACUGCAAAAAUGCACACAUUCCCUAACUGGGGUGUAGUCACUUAUGGGGCUGGUUUGCCAAAUACACAGACCAAUUCUUUCGUGUCUUUUAAAUCUGGGAAACUAGGGGGUAGAGCUGUGUAUGACAUAGUUCACUUCCAGCCAUACUCCUGGAUUGACGGGUGGAGAAGCUUCAACCCAGGGCAUGAACAUCCAGAUCAGAACUCAUUUACUUUUGCUCCCAAUGGGCAAGUGUUCGUUUCUGAAGCUCUCUAUGGGCCCAAGCUGAGCCACCUGAACAACGUGCUGGUGUUUGCCCCAUCGCCCACCAGCCAGUGCAAUAAGCCCUGGGAAGGUCAGCUGGGGGAAUGUGGGCAGUGGCUCAAGUGGACCAGCGAGGAGGUUGGGGACGCAGCGGGGGAAAUCAUUACUGCCUCUCAACAUGGGGAAAUGAUAUUUGUGAGUGGGGAGGCCGUGUCUGCUUAUUCUUCAGCGAUGAAGCUGAAAAGCGUGUAUCGUGCUUUGCUGCUCUUAAAUUCUCAAACUUUGCUAGUUGUUGAUCACAUUGAGAGGCAAGACGAUUCCCCAAUAAAAUCUGUCAGUGCCUUCUUUCACAAUCUGGAUAUUGAUUUUAAGUACAUCCCAUACAGGUUUAUGAACAGGUAUAAUGGCGCCAUGAUGGAUGUGUGGGAUGCACACUAUAAAAUGUUUUGGUUUGAUCAUCGGGGCAGUAGCCCUGCUGCUAGUAUACAGGAAGCAGAGCAAGCCGCUGAAUUUAAGAAACGGUGGACCCAGUUUGUUAAUGUCACAUUUCAGAUGGAAUCCACAAUCACCAGGAUUGCAUAUGUGUUUUAUGGGCCAUAUGUCAAUGUUUCCAGCUGCAGAUUUAUUGAUAAUUCCAACUCUGGACUUCAGAUUUCUCUCAACGUCAAUAACACUGAACAUGUUGUUUCCAUUGUAACUGACUACUACAACCUGAACACAAGAUUCAGUUACCUGGGAUUUGGUGGUUUUGCCAAUGUAGCUGAUCAGGGCCAAAUUACCCGAUUUGGUUUGGGCUCUCAAGCAAUAGUCAAGCCCAUAAGACGUGAUAAGGUUCUUUUCCCCUUUGGGUUUAAAUUUAAUGUAGCAAUUGGGUUGAUUUUGUGCAUCAGCUUGUUGAUUUUAACUUUUCAGUGGCGGUUUUACCUUUCCUUCAGAAAGCUAAUGCGAUGGAUCCUAAUACUUGUUGUUGCCUUGUGGUUUAUCGAGCUCCUGGAUGUGUGGAGCGCUUGCACUCAGCCCAUCUGUGCCCAAUGGGCAAGGACGGAAGCCGAGGCUGGCGCGAAGUCUGUGUCUUCCCCAGGGCACCAUGUUGAUCUCCCCGAUGUCGUCAUUACCUCACUCCCUGGUUCUGGCGCUGAAAUCCUCAAACAACUCUUUUUCAACAGUAGUGAUUUUCUCUACAUCAGGGUCCCCACAGCCUACAUUGACAUCCCUGAAACGGAAUUUGAAAUCGACUCGUUUGUAGAUGCCUGUGAAUGGAAGGCGUCCGAUAUCCACAGUGUGCGUUUCCACCUACUCCGAGGCUGGCUGCAGUCCUUAGUCCAAGACACAAAACUGCAUUUGCAAAACAUCCAUCUGCACGAAUCCAGUAGGGGAAAACUGACCCAAUAUUUUACAUUGAGUAAGGACAAGAGAAGAAAGUCGAAGAGGAGAGAGUCUUUGCCAGAACAAAGAAGUCGCAUGAAAGGCGCCUUUGACAGAGAUGCUGAAUACAUUAGGGCUUUGAGGAGACACCUGGUUUACUUCCCGAGUGCGCGGCCUGUGCUCAGUUUAAGCAGCGGGAGCUGGACAUUAAAGCUUCAUUUUUUUCAGGAAGUUUUGGGAUCCUCACUGAGGGCAUUGUACAUAGUACGGGACCCUCGGGCCUGGAUUUAUUCAAUGCUGUACAGUAGCAAACCAAGUCUUUACUCUCUGAAGAAUGUCCCAGAGCGCUUAGCUAAAUUGUUUAAAGUUGAGAGAGGUAAAGGCAAAUGUAGCUUAAAUUCGGGCUAUGCUCUUGAGUAUGAAUCAUUAAGGAAAGAAUUAUCAAAACCCAAGUCGAACGCAGUCUCCCUGUUGUCCCAUUUGUGGCUGGCAAACACAGCAGCUGCCCUGAGAAUAAAUACAGAUUUGCUGCCGACCAGUUACCAGCUGAUCAAGUUUGAAGAUAUUAUACAUUUCCCCCAGAAAACCACUGAAAGGAUUUUUGCUUUCCUUGGAAUUCCUUUGUCUCCUGCUAGUUUAAACCAAAUAUUGUUUGCCACCUCCACGAACCUUUUCUAUCUUCCCUAUGAAGGGGAAAUAUCACCAAGUAAUACUAAUGUUUGGAAACAAAACUUGCCUAGAGAUAAAAUUAAACUGAUUGAAAACAUCUGCUGGACACUGAUGGACCGUCUAGGAUAUCCAAAGUUUACGGACUGAGCGCUGCGGGUCAGCAGAAAUUUGCACUAAUACCAACCCGAUUUGUGGACAUCGAUU